UACUCCACAUAAAAUUAGUUUAAGCGGCCAAAGAGAUCUUUUGAGACGAAUUUACUAGAGUGGCUCUUUUGAAUGAAUUUCUAUGGCUUCCAUGAAAAUUUUGUCUCUCUUGAAAUCAGGCGUUAAUGGUUCAACAUCACUAAAGCAAUGCAAACUUUUGCACCAAAAGAUUGUUACUUUAGGCUUAGAAAGCAGCAUUAUUUUUUCCAAGAAUCUAAUUAACCUAUACAUCUCUUGCCAAGAUUUCCAUUCUGCUAAGCUAGUUUUUCAAAAUCUUGAAAACCCUCUUGAUAUCACUUUGUGGAAUGGUCUAAUGUCUGAUUAUACCAAGAACCAUUUGUUCAAUGAAGCUCUUGAGCUCUUUGAGAAGCUGUUGCACUUCCCAUAUCUCAAAGCUGAUAGUUACACCUUUCCUAGUGUUCUCAAGGCUUGUGGUGGUUUAGAAAAAGUCCAAUGUGGUCAAAUGGUACAUGCUCAUCUGAUUAAAUGUGGGCUUUUAUCAGAUGUUGUUGUGACAAGUUCACUGAUCAGUAUGUACGCGAAAUGCGGCUUGUUCGGUUCGGCUAUACAGCUGUUUGAUGAAAUGCCUGAAAGAGACGUUGCGUGUUGGAAUACUAUGAUUUCAUGCUACUAUCAAAGUGGGAAAUUUGCCAAAGCGCUUGAGUUCUUUGAGAAAAUGAAGGGUUUGGGAUAUUCGCCUAAUUCGGUUACGUACACAGCUGCAAUCUCGUCAUGUGCGAGGCUUUUGGAUAUGGAAACAGGGGAGAGAAUUCAUCAGCAAUUAGUGAAUGAUCAUUUUUCAUUGGAUGGUUUUGUAAGUGCUGCUCUUGUAGACAUGUAUGGGAAAUGUGGCUGGUUAGAGAAGGCUAAAGAAAUCUUUGAGCAAAUCCCUGUCAAGAGUUUGGUUUCCUGGAAUUCCAUGAUAUCUGGGUAUAGUUUGAGAGGUGAUACCAGAUCAUGCAUUGAGCUUUUAACAAGGAUGAGCAAAGAAAACACGAGACCGUCUUCUGUGACUUUAAGCAGCUUAUUAAUGGCAUGCUCUAAAUCCGCUCAAUUGCAGCACGGGAAGUUUCUUCAUGCAUAUAUAAUUCGAAAUAAAAUAAGAUCUGAUGUCUUUCUUAAUGCUUCACUUGUUGACUUAUAUUUCAAAUGUGGGAGAGUUGAGACUGCCCAAAAUGUCUUUAGUAAGAUCACAAAGAAGAGUGUGGAAGCUUGGAAUGUAAUGAUCUCCGGAUAUGUGUCAGCUGGAUACUACUUGGAGGCUCUUGACAUCUAUAAUGACAUGAAGUUGGCAGGGAUAAAACCUGAUGCAAUCACUUUGACGAGUGCCUUGGUAUCUUGUUCACAGUUGGCUGCCUUAGAACAGGGCAAGGAGAUCCACAAGUGUAUCAUUGACAAUAGGUUUGAAUCCAAUGAAACUGUUAUGGGAUCAUUGCUUGAUAUGUAUGCUAAAUGUGGUGUCGUAAGUGAAGCUUCUCAAGUCUUUGAUGAGUUGCCUGAGAGAGAUCUGGUAUCAUGGACUACAAUGAUUGUGGCAUAUGGAUCUCAUGGCCAAGCUUUUGAAGCUUUAAAACUCUUUAAUGAAAUGCUGCAUUCUAAUGUAAAACCCGACAGAGUUGCAUUCCUUGCAGUAAUUUCUGCAUGUGCUCAUGCAGGAUUAGUGGAUGAAGGUUGUCAUUAUUUUAAUUUAAUGGUCAGUGUUUGUGACAUCCAACCAUCAGCUGAAGAGUACUCAUGUCUUAUUGACCUUCUUGGGCGUGCUGGAAGAUUGCGUGAAGCCUAUGCAAUUGUACAGAGCAACCCACACGUCAGGGACGAUGUUGAGUUGUUAAGCACAUUAUUUUCUGCAUGCCAUUUGCACGAGGAUCGAGAGAUUGGAGAAGAAAUUGCAAAGGUACUUACUCAAAAGGACGUGGAUGAUCCAUCGACUUAUGUUGUUUUUGAAAAAAUGUAUGCUUCGCAGAACAAAUGGAAUGAGGUACGCAGGUUGAGAAUGAAGAUGAAGGAGCUAAGGUUGAGGAAAAAACCUGGAUGUAGUUGGAUUGAAGUAGACAAGAGGAUUCUAACUUUCUUGGCAAAUGAUAAAUCAUUCCCAUUAGUAGACAAUGUUUAUCAAUGUCUAUGCUUAAUUUAUAGUGACAUGGAAAACUAUGAAUGCUUUAGUCUUAAUAGCAAGGGAGAUGAAUACUACUCACAGCCAGCAACUUGACCA